GCCGACCGACCGACCCCUAACUGCAGGAGGAAGCAUCACUAUUCUAUUCCUCGUUCUAACGGCAACCGAGACACAACCGGCAAGCGCGCCAGAUGUGCAAGUCCGAAUGUGUGACUCUAUUCAUCUCCUCUCUUAACCUAGACUAGCCUAUAUCUAUAUAAGAUAAAUUCAGUUUAAUUUCAACAAGUCAUUUUUUUUGAAAGAUAAAAAAAAAAAAAAAAAGGCUUUCUUUCAACGACGGGGAAAGCAGAACAGAAGAGGGUUAUCUUAUUUAAUAGCGACGCAUCAUCAUCUACCGUGUUUUCUCUCUAAGCUCGACUCGAACGCCUGAACGUGAGUUCCGUUGCAUCCAGAACGUUGUCCGCUGAAUGAAGAAUCCUCGCCACCCUGCUGUGCUGCACAUCUGUCCUGGGUUUAUAACGGACCGUUCUGACUUCUGCAGCCGUAUUCUUCUCGACUGGACUGAUAAACAUUCGUCAUUCUAACAUUGAUUGGAGUGGACUGGAAAUACAUUUUUAUUUUUUUUAUUUUUUUUUUGCCCUCACGCCAUCGUAACGCAUGGUGGGGAAUUUUUGUAUCUUUUCAGUAUCACACUGAGAAGUGUUCCACUAUGCCCGACUCACCUGCGGAUGUGAAAGCACAAUCCAGGUUAACUCCAUCCAUCAUGCCUCCUCCUCCUCCAACCACCCAGGGAGCCCCUCGAACCAGCUCCUUCACACCUACUACAUUAACCAACGGCAACAACAGCCACUCUCCCACGGCGUUGAACGGAGCGCCUUCGCCACCGAAUGGCUUCAGCAACGGCCCUAGCUCCUCCUGCUCUUCCUCGCUGGCCAAUAAGCAACUCCCUCCGGCGUGUGGCGCCAGGCAGCUUAGCAAGCUGAAACGUUUCCUCACCACGCUGCAGCAGUUCGGCAACGACAUCUCGCCUGAGAUCGGAGAACGCGUCCGUACGCUGGUGCUGGGGCUGGUGAAUUCAACGUUAACCAUAGAGGAAUUCCACUCCAAGUUACAAGAAGCGACCAACUUCCCUCUCCGCCCUUUUGUCAUCCCGUUCCUGAAGGCCAACCUGCCUCUAUUACAGCGGGAGCUGCUGCACUGUGCCCGUCUGGCCAAGCAGAACCCAGCUCAGUACCUGGCCCAACACGAACAGCUACUCCUCGACACCUGCUCCACCACCUCCCCCGUCGACUCCUCAGAACUACUCCUCGACCACAACGACAACGGCAAGAGGAGAACACCUGACAGAACCAAAGAGAACGGCUUUGACAGGGAUGGUCCCCUGCAGCUGGAGACCUCCAGUAAGAGACCCUGUACGAUCAGCCCGGCAGGCCAACGGUUCAGCCCCUCCAACGGUCCCCUCCACUACCAAUCUAACGGCCUGGCCCAUGGACACCCCACGCCUCCCCCACAGCACUACCGGAUGGACGACAUGGCCAUCACACACCAUUACAGAGACUCACCACACUACCGCCACCCCAACCACAACCACCGCGAGCUCAGGGAGAGACCACGGCCACUGGGGAUGCACGGGGCUCGUGAGGAAGAGGUGAUUGACCAUCGGUUGACAGACAGAGAAUGGGGGGAGGAAUGGAAGCACCUUGACCAUGUAAGAAAAUACCUUCCCCCUCCUCAGCUGCUGAACUGCAUCAUGGACAUGGUAGAGAAGACGAGGCGUUCUCUCACCGUGCUGCGGCGCUGCCAGGAGGCAGACAGGGAGGAGCUUAACUACUGGAUCAGACGAUACAGCGACGCGGAGGACCUGAAGAAAGGAGUCAGCAGGACCCAGAGCAGACAGCAGAGUCCUACAGGACAAGAUAACUACACUACAGAGAUUCUCAACAGAUCAGUGACGACCGGAUACGUACCUGAAGAGAUCUGGAAGAAAGCUGAAGAGGCUGUGAACGAGGUGAAGCGCCAGGCCAUGUCAGAGCUCCAGAAGGCGGUUUCAGAGGCGGAGAGGAAGGCCCAUCAGAUGAUCAGCACGGAGCGGUCCAAGAUGGAGCGGACUGUGGCAGAGGCCAAGAGACAGGCAGCGGAGGACGCACUGACUGUCAUCAACCAGCAGGAGGACUCCAGUGAGAGUUGUUGGAACUGCGGGCGGAAGGCGAGCGAGACCUGCAGCGGCUGCAACACGGCUCGCUACUGCGGCUCCUUCUGCCAGCACAAGGACUGGGAGAAACACCACCACGUGUGUGGCCAGUCCCUCCAGUCCUCCAAAGCAGCCCAGCAGCAGGGUCAGGAUACAGAGACUUCCGCUCCCAUCAGCUCCUCCACUACGCCCUCUAGCGGAGGAGGCAGCCCAGCCGGAACCCCGCCCAUCGCCACACCCUGCUCCGGCACCCCAGGAACCCCCUCUACGCUGGAAACCACGCCGCACUAAACCGGAGAGCCACCUCGGGGAGCCGCCUCAGGGAGCCGCCUCGGGGAGCCGCCUCGGGGAGCCGCCUCGGAAACUCCCAGUAGCACAACAUGACUGGCUCACUUGAUGCUAAAUGCUAAGGCGCUAACGCUACUACGAGAGAUGUAGAUUUAUCUUGGAUUAGUGGUGGUUCCCCACAACACAGGAGGUUUAUACAUGUAGAUCAGUCACAUUGACUUGCCAUGAUUACUAACAAAGAACACACACAUUUUUUUUUUUUGUUUUAAUUAUUAUUAUUAUUAUUGUUGUUGUUGUUAUCAAUGCCCUUAUUGUUACUAUCGUUAUUAGCGUCCGUUGUCGUCCGUUUGUUGUUAUUGUUGUUGUUGUUGUUUAUUGUUAUUCUUUCAUGUAAAUAUGAACAUAGAAAGUGAGUGGAUAACAGCAUUGAAACUCCACACAAAUACAUCUGACAUCCCCUUUGUUAAGUUGUGUUUUGUAAAUGCUUUGUUCUUUUCCUCUAUUACCUGGGAUAUAUGAUAUAAAACCAGUUGACCUCAUUUAGACACUUUACCAAACAACAUACCAAUAUGGAAUAUUACAACACAAACACUGUGGGAAAAGCUGAAGCCAACUCUUUUAUUAUGGGAAGACCACAAAUACAAAGAACAGACAGACAGACAGGCAGACAGACAGACAGACAGGCAGACAGGCAGGCAGGCAGGCAGGCAGGCAGACAGACAGACAGACAGACAGACAGACAGACAGACAGGCAGACAGACAGACAGACAGACAGACAGACAGGUGGAUGGUAUCCAUGGGUUACAGACAGAGGGACUGUAGUUGCCAGCAGCAAGGUGUAGAUGUGGAGCAGACUGUAUAGGAACCACAGCUGUUCUUCUAGACUAGAAAUAAUAUCCAGGUCAGUGGACGGACCAACACAAAGAGGUCUCCCUCCCUGAGGGAUGGAGGGACGGAUGGAACCAUACGAAUUACCAACCCUGGAUACCAAGACAUGACUAAUACCUGGCCCCUGGAUACCAAGAUAUAUUACCUGGCCCCUGGAUACCAAGAUAUAUUACCUGGCCCCUGGAUACCAAGACAUAUUACCUGGCCCCUGGAUACCAAGAUAUAUUACCUGGCCCCUGGAUACCAAGAUAUAUUUCCUGGCCCCUGGAUACCAAGAUAUAUUACCUGGACCCUGGAUACCAAGAUAUAUUACCUGGCCCCUGGAUACCAAGACAUAUUACCUGGCCCCUGGAUACCAAGAUAUAUUACCUGGCCCCUGGAUACCAAGAUAUAUUACCUAGCCCCUGGAUACCAAGAUAUAUUACCUGGCCCCUGGAUACCAAGAUAUAUUACCUGGCCCCUGGCUACCAAGAUAUAUUACCUAGCCCCUGGAUACCAAGAUAUAUUACCUGGACCCUGGAUACCAAGAUAUAUUACCUGGCCCCUGGAUACCAAGAUAUAUUACCUGGCCCCUGGAUACCAAGAUAUAUUACCUGGACCCUGGAUACCAAGACAUAUUACCUGGCCCCUGGAUACCAAGAUAUAUUACCUGGACCCUGGAUACCAAGAUAUAUUACCUGGCCCCUGGAUACCAAGACAUAUUACCUGGCCCCUGGAUACCAAGAUAUAUUACCUGGCCCCUGGAUACCAAGAUAUAUUACCUGGCCCCUGGAUACCAAGACAUAUUACCUGGCCCCUGGAUACCAAGAUAUAUUACCUGGACCCUGGAUACCAAGACAUGACUAUUACCUGGCCCCUGGAUACCAAGAUAUAUUACCUGGCCCCUGGAUACCAAGAUAUAUUACCUGGCCCCUGGAUACCAAUAUAUAUUACCUGGCCCCUGGAUACCAAGACAUGACUAUUACCUGGCCCCUGGAUACCAAGACAUAUUACCUGACUGUAGUACAUGGAAAGAAGGACUCUGUCUGAAGUACGUUACACCUGCACUUCCUAUCUUUCUGUUCCAAACCAGGAAGUGAACAGAAUGUGAGGUUAUUAACCUGCACAGGAGCUCAUCAGUAUGACAACCACUGGGAAACAAAGGGCUGAAGAGAUUACCUAUGAAUCAGUGAGAGAAAACAUUUGUACACUCUGAGCUCAACUUUACUCUCUUUCUCUGCCCUGCCCAUCUCCUCCAUUUACCCUGAACCAACUCUACUCUCUCUCCCUGCCCUGCCCAUCUACCCUGAACCAACUCUACUCUCUCUCCCUGCCCUGCCCAUCUACCCUGAACCAACUCUACU